AUGAGAAGAGAGAGGAAGUACUUACGGUGUGGCGGUGGCGGAUAUAGCGGGUUCACCCUGAAAGACAAUGACACGGUCGGCAAGAUCGCCACUCUUUGCAGCUCACCACCCGACAACGUCUUCACCUCCUGGUCCAUGAUAGGCUCCAAGUUCAUCGGCUUGAGCACAUCCGUGUUGAACUGCGGAUGCAUGAAUGCCGCCUUAAUCUGCUUCAACAGCAACAUCCUGACCGUGCUUGCGAACUUCGGACUGAUAGUUUGCGGCUUCAAACUGACCGCAAGACUCUGUUUGGCUUCCUCACCGGCGUCGGGCACAUCACCAGCGAGGAGACGGACGAAGGUGGUCUUGCCUGUCCCGUUCUCACCCAACAUGACGAUGAUUUCGGAAUCGGUGAAGGAGCCGGCUUCGACGGUGAGUUUGAAGCCGCCCAGGGUUUUAUGGCGUGUCUUGUCGAUGAGAAUUUCUUCGGCAGUUUCGACCAUCUUGAAAGAGAGGGAUUCCUCACGGAAACGAAGAUUCUCCGUGGGAAUGAAUCCGUCCAGGAAGAUGUUGAUACCUGAUACACCGGGGAAAUGUGGGGAUUAA